AUGAAAUGGAAGACGAUGAUGCUUCUUCUCCUUCAGCUUUACCACCCGAAUCCCGAGCUCGAUCCCCACUGCGCAGCUUACCACCUUCCCCGGCCAGACAAGCUAGCUCUCCCUCAGCUUCCUAACUUCACUCCUCUCUUCAACCAUGGCUUCUGCUUCCCCUCUCCCUCCACCAUUAUAUGGACUCAUCCCAUGGGUACAACUGUAGCAGACAUAGCGGUGGCCUAUCUGUGUCAUCGGAGGAAGGAACGCUGGACAGUCCGGUCUCUGGUUGGGAUGAACUCGGUAGGACAAUACUCGACCAUUGCUUCCUCGGCAAGAAAGGUGGAUCAUGAGACCUCUGGCCAACCGUGGCAUGGCGUCCACGACAGUCUUACCCAGCCAAGAAACCAACCCAUACCAUUCGUUCCUGAUGUGGGCACUGGUGGUGAGCAGGAGAAGACCCACCAUUACAUAUCCUAUAACUGUAAGGGAAGUAUCUCAAACCUUGGAAAUCAGACCAUUCCAAACUAA